AUGGCUUUAAACAAUCAAGCGGGCGGGGGUGCCCAUUCACAACCCUCUCUGCCCGCUCUGCCAGCACAUCUCCAAUCCGACACACAUCUCACAGCACAUCUUGCAAGCCGAUUUCAUGUGGCAUUGCCGACUGCACAGCUCUCCUCCCACGCGUUAAUCUGCCUCAACACUUAUUCUUCUUCCACAAAAGGCCCUGAUGGAGGCAAGCAGGGCAGUGCCAUGGGUGGUGCCGAAGACCUGGCUGAAAGAGCAUGGACGAGACUCGGAGCACGUACAGAGAAUCAAGCUAUAGUUUUUCUGGGCGAGUCUGGUUCGGGGAAAUCCACUGUUCGAUCACACCUCCUUUCAGCUCUCCUCAACAAGUCAUCAACCCCACUGUCCACCAAAUUGUCACUCGCUGCCUACGUCUUCGAUACUCUCACAACCACAAAAACCGCGACUACCCCAACAGCAUCGAAAGCCGGUCUGUUUUUCGAGCUGCAAUACGACACUGCUUCAUCCGUUAACCCGACACUCAUUGGUGGCAAAGUCUUGGAUCACCGUUUGGAGCGGAGCAGAGUUGCAUCUGUGCCAACAGGAGAGCGAAGCUUCCACGUCUUAUAUUAUCUUUUGGCCGGAACAAGUGCCGCUGAGAAGGCACAUUUGGGAUUAGACCUGUCCAGCGGGCUGUCUGCAGCCGCCCACCAUCCAGGGCAGAGUGUGCAAAAACACUCGAUCGCAACGUCACAAAAGAGAUGGCGGUAUUUAGGGCACCCAACUCAACUCAAGGUUGGCAUCAAUGAUGCAGAGGGCUUCCAGCUGUUUAAGACCGCCUUGAGGAAGCUGGAGUUUCCCCGCAGUGAAAUUGCUGAGAUCUGCCAGGUUUUGGCAAGCAUCCUCCACAUUGGGCAGCUUGAGUUCGAGACGAGUGAGGAUACUACACCCACGGGAGAUGACAGUGGUGGCUAUUCGCAUGAAGGUGCACAGAGCAUCACAGCUGUGAAGAACAAGGACGUUCUUGGUAUAAUUGCCGCUUUCCUCGGUGUCAGCGCUCAAGAUCUUCAGACAACGCUUGGCUAUAAGACGAAGAUCUUACAAAGAGAGCGAGUUACUGUGAUGCUUGAUCCCAAGGGCGCGAGGAGCAACGCAGAUGAGCUUGCAAGGACAUUGUAUUCAUUGCUCGUUGCGUACGUGAUCGAAAGUAUCAACCAAAGAGUUUGUGCUGUUGAAGAUACGGUCGCCAACACUAUCUCCAUCAUUGACUUCCCCGGGUUCGCUCAGCAGCCUUCCACUGAUUCGACCUUGGAUCAACUCCUCAACAAUGCCGCUACAGAAUCACUAUAUAACUUUACUCUCCAGAGUUUCUUCGAGGCUAAGGUGGACAUGUUGGAGAGCGAAGAAAUCAGUGUAGCAGCCACCAGCUAUUUCGAUAAUUCCGAUGCUGUCCGGGGGCUCUUGAAACACAGCAAUGGUCUCCUCAGUAUCCUUGAUGACCAAACGAGGCGCAACAGAAACGAUAUGCAGUUGCUGGAGAGCCUCCGAAAACGCUUCGAUGGCAAGAAUCCAGCAAUUUCCGUUGGAAGCGCCACUGCGAAGCUUCCAGGAAGCAACUUCGCAACCCACAACGCAGCGGCUUCUUUCGCUGUAAAGCAUUUUGCCGGUGAGGUUGACUACUUGGUUGCCGGGUUGGUGGAGGAGAACGGUGAAGUCGUCUCCGGGGACCUGAUGAAUCUGAUUGCCUCAACGAAGAGCAAUUUUGUUGGUCAGCUGUUUGGCCAAGAAGCCUUGCAGACAGUGGUCCAUCCGCAAGAAAGAAACACGAUUAUGCAAGCACAAGUCAGCUCAAAACCGCUCCGGAAGCCAAGCGUGAUGCGGAGAAAGGGAGACAGACCACACCGAUUUGGAGCACGCGACACGAAGCAAGGCAGCGACUCUGCUGAUGAUAUGACCGAGAUUGGAGCGGACGACGCCAAGGUGCGGAGAGGCCGCAAUAUCGAUCAAGGCGCAGCUGCUCAGUUCUUGUCUUCUCUCGACAAUGUCACCAAAUCCCUGACUGCUCCAAACACCAACCCGUACUUUGUGUUCUGUCUCAAGCCCAACGAUCGUCGCAUUGCCAACCAGUUCGACAGCAAAUGUGUUCGAACUCAGAUACAAACUUUCGGUAUUGCCGAAAUCAGCCAACGGCUGAGGAAUGCGGACUUCAGUCUGUUCUUGCCAUUCGGCGAGUUCCUUGGACUGGCCGAUGCCGAGACCAUAUUGGUCGGCAGCGAAAGGGAAAAGGCUGAAAUGUUCCUGGAUGAGAAGCGUUGGCCAGGAAACGAAGCUCGAAUCGGGAGUACUGGCGUCUUCUUAAGUGAACGAUGCUGGUCAGAGAUUGCCAAGUUAAGUGAACGAGGAUUUACCCAGGCCCGGUAUCCAAUGCAAUCGGAUGAUGGGGGUGAGAUGCUCACACCUGGCGAUGUGCACGGGGCCCAUGGGGCUUCAAAAGAACGUCUUCUAGGCUCGCCUUCUGGUUUGACUCCAUCUCCGGGAGGCUACAUUUACGGGCAAGACAAGAAAUCAGGAUAUUUCGGUAGCCACGAUAUCGAUUCACGGUCCGAUGCGGGUGCCUCUGCACUUGGCCAAGGUGAUAUGUUUAGGAACCUUGACACGAGAGCGCAGAUGGCUGAAAAGGGAAACGAAAAGACCAUGGUUGAGGUGGAAGAGGUCAAGACUAGUGGCAGCCGAAAGAGAUGGGUUGCUGUGGUUUACCUUAUGACCUGGCUCAUCCCUGAUUUCCUGAUCAAGUGGAUCGGCCGUAUGCCCCGCAAGGAUGUCCGAAUGGCCUGGAGGGAGAAGCUCGCUAUCAACAUGAUGAUCUGGAUCAGCUGUCUCUUUGUGGCGUUCUUCAUCGUGGUCUUCCCUAUGCUGAUUUGCCCAAAACAAAACGUCUUCAGUGCAGCCGAGCUGACCUCAUACAACGGCAAGAGUGGUGCGUCUGCUUAUGUUGCCAUACGGGGCCAAGUAUUUGAUCUUGGGGCAUUUGCGCCGACUCAUUAUCCGUCUAUUAUACCCCAGAAAUCGAUCCUCAAGUAUGCUGGUCUGGAUGCAACGGCUCUAUUCCCAGUCCAGGUUUCGGCUCUUUGCCAAGGUGUGAAUGGGACGAUCAACGAUCUUGUCCAGCUUGACUACACUUCUACAAACACCACCGGCUCUGCUUCUGUCAUCAGUAGCACGGAUACCAACUACAAAUAUCAUGAUUUCCGAGCAUUCACCAACGACAGUCGACCUGAUUGGUUCUUCGAGCAAAUGCUUAUGCUUAGAGCCGGCUUCAAGAAGGGCAAUAUUGGCUACACGCCUCAAUAUGUCAGCACAUUGGCUGAUAAGCAGGAGUCGAUUGCCAUUCUCAAUAGUAGAGUCUACGACCUUACCAAAUACAUCCAAGGGGGUCGUAGAGUUGUAGCACCUACUGGAGAAGAUGCUCCUACGGAUGUCAGCACGUUUUUCAUGGAUCCUUUGGUGGUGGAUCUCUUCCAACAGAAGGCUGGUGAGGACGUCACGAAAUACUGGGAUGCUUUGGCUCUUGAUUCUGGCAUGCGCACCCGUAUGCAGCUGUGCCUUGACAACCUUUUCUACGUCGGAAAUGUUGAUACUCGGAAUUCCGUCAAGUGUCAAUUUGCUGAAUAUCUGAUAUUGGCUAUUUCUAUAAUUCUUUGCGCUGUUAUCGGAUUCAAGUUCUUCGCCGCUCUUCAAUUCGGUGGUAAGAACAUCCCUGAAAAUCUCGACAAGUUUGUUAUCUGCCAAGUGCCUGCGUAUACAGAAGACGAAGACUCUCUUCGUCGUGCUAUCGACUCGGCAGCCAGGAUGAAAUAUGAUGACAAGCGCAAACUCUUGGUCAUUAUUUGUGACGGUAUGAUUAUUGGUCAAGGGAACGACAGGCCAACUCCACGCAUUGUACUCGAUAUUCUUGGUGUUGCUGAGACUGUCGAUCCUGAGCCACUGAGCUUCGAGUCUUUGGGUGAAGGCAUGAAGCAACACAAUAUGGGCAAGGUUUACUCCGGUCUCUACGAAGUUCAAGGCCAUAUCGUGCCUUUCAUGGUAAUCGUCAAGAUCGGCAAACCGUCCGAAGUGUCGCGCCCUGGAAACAGAGGCAAGCGUGAUUCCCAAAUGGUCUUGAUGCGGUUCUUGAACCGAGUCCACUACAACGCCGCGAUGAGCCCCCUUGAGCUGGAAAUGUAUCACCAAAUUCGGAAUAUCAUUGGAGUCAACCCAACCUUCUAUGAAUUCAUGCUACAAAUCGAUGCCGAUACCGUCGUCGGUCCAGAUUCAGCUUCCCGGUUUAUAUCGGCAUUCCUAGAUGAUACUAGACUCAUCGGCGUUUGUGGAGAGACUGCAUUGUCUAACGCUAGGUCAUCUUUCGUUACCAUGAUUCAGGUCUACGAGUACUACAUAUCUCACAACCUUUCGAAGGCCUUUGAGAGUUUGUUCGGUAGCGUCACUUGUCUGCCCGGUUGUUUCACCAUGUAUCGAAUCCGAGCCGCCGAAUCAGGGAAGCCACUCUUUGUUAGCCGCGAGGUUGUUGAGGCCUAUGCCAAUAUCCGCGUCGACACUCUCCACAUGAAGAAUUUGCUUCAUUUAGGUGAGGAUCGAUACUUGACUACACUUCUCCUGAAGCAUCAUUCCAAGUACAAGACAAAGUAUAUCAGCACUGCACAUGCCUGGACGAUUGCUCCCGAUUCUUGGAAAGUUUUCUUGUCGCAACGUCGUCGUUGGAUCAACUCGACGGUUCAUAACCUUAUCGAGCUUAUCCCCUUGUCGCAGCUCUGCGGUUUUUGCUGUUUUAGUAUGCGAUUCAUUGUUUUCAUCGACUUGCUCUCCACACUGGUGCAGCCCGUUACAGUUGCAUACAUUGUAUAUUUGAUUGUCCUCGUCAUUCGGCAUACGACCGUCAUUCCUCUAACAGCCUUCAUUCUGCUCGGUGCAAUUUAUGGUCUACAAGCUAUUAUAUUCAUCCUCCACCGAAAGUGGGAAAUGAUUGGUUGGAUGCUUCUUUACGUGUGUGCCAUUCCAGUAUUCUCUUUCGGUCUACCACUUUACAGCUUCUGGCACAUGGACGAUUUCUCCUGGGGCAACACUCGCGUGGUCACUGGAGAAAAGGGACGCAAGAUCGUUAUCACCGAUGAGGGCAAGUUCGACCCUGAUUCCAUUCCGCACAAGAAAUGGGAAGAAUAUCAAGCGGAGCUUUGGGAAGCGCAGACUAGUCGAGACGAUCAUUCAGAGGUAUCUGGGUAUUCAUAUGGCACAAAGUACCAGCCAGCAGUCUCUGAGUACAACUAUCCACCGUCUCGCCCGAUGUCUCAGAUAGGUAUUAACACCUAUCCUUACGACGCCAAGAAUGCCAACCUCUACAAUCCUCGCCUGUCAGUUGCCCCAUCCGAUGCUUUGGGUGUUGGUGUGGAUAAUAGACAAAGCCAAUUCGGAGGCAGCCAGUAUUUUGGUCAGCAAGAGCUUGAAAUGGCGAACUUGGCUGGCCUGCCCAGCGACGAUACAAUUUUGGCAGAAAUCAGGGAGAUUUUGAAGACAGCAGAUCUGAUGACUAUUACGAAAAAGAGUAUUAAGGUCGAGUUGGAGAAGAGAUUUGGAAUGCCCUUGGAUGCCAGAAGAGCAUAUAUCAAUUCGGCGACUGAGGCUCUACUCUCUGGGCAACUAUAG